UGCUGUUCACUCAGCUCUCAGCUCCACUCUGCUCUGGGAAAAAGCGGCCGACGGAUUAUCCAGCUCGGUAACGUUAGCUCACCGGCUAACGGUCAGGACAGCGACCGAGAGGAGCCAUGAAAAGCCGCCGGAACCAGUGAAAGUUACUCACAGCUUACUUUGGGACUUUAAUGUACGGAAAUAUACGAAAAAGGAGGUUCGCGGAUCAUGCCGUCGCCCCCAUCGGGAACUUUUCAGUAGGAUUUCCACUUGGGAAAGGCUAGCUCAGGGGCUAGCGAGGCUACAAACUAUUUUUAAUUGGCUUUGGGCUCAAUGGCUCUCGCUUGUUUUGCCCUGUCAUAGCGACAGCUUGGGAAACUGAAACGGGGAGAGGCCCCUGUGAACUUCAUGACAAACCAAAGCCCGGAUUUGAAGCUUAACUUCGGAAGGUUUGACUGGCAGAGGACCGAAAAUGAAGAAGCAGUUCAACCGGAUGAAACAGCUCGCCAAUCAAACAGUUGGCAGAGCAGAGAAGACGGAAGUCCUCAGCGAUGACCUCUUACAGAUUGAGCGGCGCAUGGAGUUGGUGCGUGUGGUUUCCCACAACACUCACAAGCGGAUGGUGUCAUGUCUACAAGGACACAUCGGUGCAGACGCAGAGAAGAGACAUUCUGUACCACGCCUCUAUACAGGAAAUGGUCAGAAAAAGCUUCCUCUCACUUCACUCUCCCAGGCGAUGGUGGAGGGUGGAAACCAGCUGGGAGAAGACUCUUUAAUAGGGAAGAUGAUGGAAGUGUGCGGGGAAGCAGAAAACCGUCUGGCUUCGGAGCUGAUGCAACAUGAGUUGCAGAUAGAGAAAGACGUUCUGGAUCCUCUCAGUCAGCUAGCAGAGGUGGACAUUCCCAAUAUCCUGAAGCAGAGGAAACAGCUGGCCAAACUGGUGCUGGACUAUGAUUCUGCCAGAGCAAGAUGGUUGCAGGCAACCAAGUCAAUAAUCUCAGGAACAAACACUCAAGCACUGACGGCGAAGGCUGACCUCCUCAAAGAGGAGAUGGACGAGGCCAUGAAUAAAGUGGAGCUCUGCAAGGAUCAGCUGGCUGCAGACAUGUACAGUUUUUUCUCCAAAGAAGGGGACUAUGCCCUCUACUUUGUAACACUCUUAGAAGCUCAAGCUGAUUACCACAGAAAAUCUCUUACUGUUCUGGAGAGCGUGUUGCCCACCAUCCAGGCUCAGCAAGACUCGUGGACAGAGAAGCCUGCGUUCGGCACUGGGCUGGAUGAACACCUGAAGAGGAGUAGUAGGGAGAUUGCCCUACCGAUAGAGGCCUGUGUCAUGAUGCUGCUGGAAACCGGCAUGAAAGAAGAGGGUCUAUUCAGAAUCGCAGCAGGAGCAUCAAAGCUAAAGAAGCUAAAAGCAGCACUGGACUGCUCCACGUCACAGCUGGAGGAGUUCUACUCUGAUCCCCACGCUGUCGCCGGAGCACUGAAGUCCUACCUGAGAGAGCUACCUGAACCUCUAAUGACCUACCAGCUUUAUGAUGAAUGGAUCCAGGCAUCCAGUGUGUCAGACCCAGACAAGAGGCUGCAGGCACUCUGGGUUGUUUGUGAUAAGCUACCAAAGAACAACAAAACCAACCUGAGGUAUCUGGUCAAGUUUUUAGCCAAACUGGCUCAGGACAGCGAGAUAAACAAAAUGACUCCUAGCAACAUCGCCAUCGUCCUGGGACCAAACCUGCUGUGGGCAAAGACGGAGGGGAGUCUGGCAGAGAUGGCGGCAGCGACCUCCGUGCACGUGGUGGCCAUCGUGGAGCCAAUCAUCCAGCACGCUGACUGGUUCUUUCCUGAGGAUGUGGAGUUCAACGUGUCAGGCAUGUUUGCAAUGCCAACGCCUUCGUCCAACCACAACAACCACCUUGAUUACGACAGCAGCACCAUUGAGAGGAAGAGGCCUGGCAGUAUGGUGGGACCAGAGAAUGAUGUGGCUCGUAAAGACAACACCCCUAACAAGCACUCGGACCACACCCUCCGUAGAGGCAGUAACACCUUAGGUAGAAAGCAGCACACCUCACCUGCCUUCCAGCCUCCUUUACCCCCAGUGGAGGCUCCAGGGCAGGUUCAGGGGCACGGCGCUGGGCCUGGGCAGGUAUCCCAGCCCUCUGCCGAGCCCCAGCCCCAGCCACAAGCUCAACCGGGGGGUUCGGGGCCUGACGCCUCCCAGCAGAGCUUGGCGCAGAGUCUGGCUGCUCUCGCUGCAGCUCAGCAGCUCCUCGCGCAGCACACGGAGGAGCUCAGUAACCCAAAGCUUCGCGACCCCACCUCCUCCUCCACCCCUCUCCUCCAGAGGAACGGCUCUGUGGCAGGAGGCCAGUCUGCAGGUCAGCUGGGCACAGGAAACCCCGGUGCUGGAUCCAUGGGGCCCAGUCCGCAUCUGAUGCGCAGAGGUACCAAGAAGCAGGCUCCAGCCCCCCCUAAACCCACAAACCCUCCACCCAGCCAGCCCUGUAACUCAGCGAACCACACCACUUCAUCACAGUCCCUAAGCCCCACCCAGAGACCCCUAUCCAGCCACCCACCUGCCUCACCCACCUCUCCCACCUCCCAGCCGUGUGCCACACCCAGACGCCACUCCAGCAACCAGCCACCCAUCCAGGCACCGAACCAUCCACCUCCUGAACCUCCAACUCAGGCCAGCCCUCCAACACAGCCUUCAUCCCCUGGAAAGCCAGAAGGAGACCAACGGAGCGCCGACCCCUCACCGCCAGGCACCCCGACUCCUCCAGACACACCGCCACCCUCCAGCGCAACCCAGGAUGCUGUCGCUCCUCCGUCCCCGUCUCCCUACCAGACUGGCUCGCUUCCUCGUCCGCGACCUGUCCCCAAACCUCGGAACAGACCCAGCAUCCCUCCUCCACCUCAGCCCACCGCCAUGCCCAGUGACACCAACGGGAUCUGUGCUGCCGCCUACAAGAUGAUGGACCCGGCGAUGUCUUUCAAAGGGCUGAGUCGAGUUUACGUCCCUGAGCUCGCUGUAGAUCAGCAGCCGGCGACGGCUAACUCCUCCUCCUCUUCAUCCUCAUCUCUGCCUCCUCCCAAAGACUUAGACCUGGACUCUGAGAGCACCGUCCUAUAAGGAGGGGAGACACUCUGGUCCUGUCUAGUCCCUACCCUUGUGGAUCUCCUGCCAUCAUACUCAAACAGCCUUGGCCCUGCCCGAAACCCCUCUGCUGACUUGUUCUCCCACUCUGGCUCGUUUGUGGGCUUUUUAACAAGGCUUCUGGCACCGAUCGUGGACGUCCACACCUCUUUGACAACACUGGCUAUAGAAGAAGAUGUGCUAGUGAGGCUGUCAGACACUUUUCUUUAUCACAAAUCCAAAAAUUAUUUAAAUUCUCAGCAUUUUAACUGAGAGAAGACCUUUGCAAUUUGCAUUCUAGCUAAGCAUGAGGCAUUUACUUGCAAAUUGCUAGUACACACAAAAAAACAUUAAAUUCAGCUGAUUUAAGGCUUAAAAUAAGAAACUCCUGCUGUUGAUGCCCUGAAACCAAACAUCAGUGGAAAUUAUUAUCAUUUUCCCUCCUUUCUCUCUUUGCUGUUUACGUAUUUUCUGUGGCUUUAAUAAAAAGUUAAAAUGCCAUAUUUUAAUAUAUUUUUAAUGGUGUAAAAUGAGGCAAAGAUAGAUCAUUUCAAAAAUGUUUCGACCUUUAAUGCAACUCUUAACAAAUUAGAUUCCUUAGAAAAAACUCAUUAUUUUUAUUGGAUGAAUUGGUAAAAAUCCACAAUAACAAAAGCCUGGUAGCAUAAAUUUGCACAUCACUUCAACUUGAUAAAGCACUUUCUGAUUUUAUUACAGCCGAGUAAGCCAACUCAAUUUGGCAAAUUUGGCCAGUCUUCCUUGCAAAAGCCCUCAAAAUCUGUCAGAUUAUGAGGGCAUUUCCUGUGCACAGACCUCUUCAGGUCAAACCAAAUAUUUUCAGUGCUACAAGAUGAAAAUUUUCCCUUUUUAGCUUUCAAGUACAUAAAUAAAUAAAUCACAGUGCUGCCCCCCACCAUGCUUACAGAUAUGGUGUUCUUUCGGGGAUGUGCAGUGUUGCUUUAGUGUCAAACAUUUCUUUUGAAAUAAUGGCCAGAAAGUUCAACUUUCGACUCAUUUACCCACAGUGCUUUUUGGAGACAUGAUGUGUGUUUUUUCCAGAUUUAGCCUGGGCGGGGAUGUUUUUCCUCGCUUCUAUCUUCAUAGCCAGACAUAUGAAGAAUAUGAGAAAAGAACAUUGUACUCACAGUGAAGCAUGGCAGUGGCAGCAUCAUGCUGUUGGGGCUAAUUUACCUCAGCUGGAACCUGAUUUUUAGUUAAGGUGAUGAGAAUUAUGAACAUGUUCUAACACCUGUCAGUUUUGGCACAUAAAUUAUUGAAUUUUUGUAGCAUUAAUAAGGACUUGAACUAUAAAGUAGAAAUAAGGAUAUUACCAAUAAAAAAAAUCAUCCCCAUCCCAAAUUGCACCAUCUAUCAUACAUUUUUCCAUAAUGAACUUUAAUUAAUACCCAAAUUCUCCAAUGAAAAUUGUUGUCGGGAAAGAAUAUAUUUUUUUGUUUUGUGGCUCUUGCUAAACCACUUUUGUCAUUGUGGCUCCUGACUAAAGCAAGGUUGAGUACAACCUGACUUAGCUAAUAGACUCCUACCUAAAAAGACUAAAUCAAAAAGUGCCUUGAAUUAUUAGUCUAAGGGAGUUCAUAUUUAUGCAACCACUAUUUUACCUUUCAUUGAUUCCUCAUGAAAUAUUAGGUUGUUCUCUGUAGUUAAGUGUAUGUUUUAGGUAACAUUAAAGGUAAGAUAAAUGAAAUUAUAUAUAUCUUGGCAUCAGCUUUUACACCAUAAAAACAAUUUUGGAGUUACUGUAGCUACUAUAUGUGGCUUUUACUGGCAGCUUGGAGCAGCUAUUACUCACAGUUGAAACUCAUGUCAAAUAUUGAUAUUGAUUGGUUUUGUUACCACUAAUACCCAGAAAAUAGAGCUGAAAUUCAAUCUGUGCAUCGUAUCUUAAGUAAAACACCACAACUUAUAGCAUGUCAGCUUGCGCUUUUGCUUUGUGCGAUUGAAAUGUUCACUCUUUGUAGAUGUUUUAUUGAUGAGUAAAGAAAAUUAACUAAUAGAUUAAAGGUUUUUUAAAGCUUCUGUGAUUUAGUAGAUCCCCUUAUUGCAGCGGAGCGCAAGACCCUAAUCAUGAUUAGACACACAAUGUACAACAGUGUAUUAAGGACAUAAAAAGAGAUAAAAGAAGGAAGAGAAUCUGUUCAUUUAUGAACAAAAAAGGCCAAAAUUUGGGUGGAAAAAGUUGAAAUUAUAAGUCAUGUAUUUGCAAGAAAACAAACUCAGAAUUUUAGACUUAAAAAGUUGGAAAUUUACAAGACAAGACUUGAAAUUUCAGAUUCAAAAACAUCUCAAAUUUUGACAUUAGAAUCCCCAAAGCUCCAAUUUUUUAAAAUCAUAAACUUAAAAAAAAAAAAAAAAAGGAACCAAAAUUUAAACAGUGGUGUGAUUCUGGACUAUUAUUGGUUUGUGUUUAAGAUUUUUUUUCUGAGUAGUCAUAAUAAUGGAUAAUUAAUUAGUAUAUCUUUUGCCGAAAACAAGUGAAUGUAGGCCUAUUAUGCUGGGAUUUUGUCAAUGACAGAAAUUAAAACUGAUGUGUACUUUGUCAAGAGGUCCUGGGGGUGUGGCUUAGCUUUUCUUAGAUAUGAAGGGGGGAUGGGCCCUAGGGAAAAAGGUUGGGAACCACUGCCUCACUGGACCACUAUUAUUAUUAUUAUUUUUUUUUUUUUUUAACCAUCUUUGGUGUGUUAAAACUUCAGCUUUAAUUCCACAGUCUUCUUCAUUUUCAGUCCAGCUCUUUGUUUUGUUUUCACAACUUCCCACACUCUCUUUAUGACCUCCAUGAUGGCGCCAGAUGCCGCAAAAAGCCUCUUAUCUGCAUCACACACCUCCAUCUUUACACUGUGCUCCCUUCACAUGAAGCUCCAGACAAUCAGAGACAAACAGCAGAGGGAGCAGUCGACAGCGAUGAUGCAAAGCAAUAUAAAGCUUGGAGACUGACCCUACGUGGAGAAUGGGGAUUGAUUGGAGAUCUGAAUGCCAAAACAUGAAAAGAUGAGACUCCUUUGGAAGUUUGAGUGGCUGUUUCUGUUUGUUAAAUGUCCAAAAAGGUGGGAGAAGAACAAAUGACAUAAUAAGGGGUGUUACAUUACAUUAGGGAGGGGGAAACAUCAGCAGGUAGAUACAGAAACCAAAUCAGAUGCUUAAAGUGUAGCUGGUGACUGCAGGUUUCCAGUCGUCUCACACACUUGAUUCUUUUUUUGUAUGGUGACCCCCUCCUCUUUAAUUUUGCUCCUGUAUUUAUUUCCUGAUUUCAAACACACAUUCCCUGUGGCUUUGACAGAACUAAUGCAGUCUUUAAAUGUAAAUCAUGCCUUAUCGGUUCCUGCCAGAACCACGUAAUAAGCAUUAUAUAUUUACUGUAUGGAGGGUAUACGCGGCUCCUUGUACUACAGUAUUUCCAAGAUGUCUUGGCAAGUAAGUAUCAGGGACAUGAGAAGAGGGGAUGGAACCCUUGUGUGGUUCAGAAAUUGUGUAUUUAAAUGUGUUUUGGUUGAUUUUUGGUUUUUAAGCAGAAGUAGCAGCCUGAACAGUCAGUAUUUCUGCCUUUCUGUCGUUUCUCCAUCAAUGUUUCCAGGGUGUUUAGUGCAAAAAGGCUGCGUGCCAGUGAAUGUAGUGAAAGGACAAUUUUUACCAGCCUCUUUAGCCCGACAGAGACACGCAAAAACAGCUGAUGUUGCACUUGAGCGCAGGCCAACAAGCGAUUUUGAGGAGUCUGUCCCGCUGAGCUGAGAGCACACGGCGCUGUAAAGCCUCAGUAGUGAAGUGGUGUCGGACUUCUGCCAGGUCAAAGAAAAAAUGCUCUAAAAAAUGCUUUGUUGUAUCUUCCUGUGUAAACUUUGCUUUUCUUGCCUCGUGUUUGAUGCAGUUUUUGGUUCCCAGAGAACUGACCCAACAUGGUACCAGUGGAGAAAGUCUUGGAUGCUGCAGAUGCCCUGAAACUGAUUUGUUUUUCAGAGACAAUCCAGCAUUAUUAUCCCCUCCUUUCUCUCUUUGCUCCUGUACCUCGCUGCCUUAUCCCCCGUGUAUGAAGAGCUCGAUGUUAGAGGCUCUGUAAGACGAACAAAUGCCAUUAAACUAGAGAUGAUAAUGCUGCGUUUUUAAGCUCCAUAGUUUUGUAUGUAUGCUGUCUGGUGAGCUUAAGACAUGUUAUAUGAAUGCUUGGUUAUACCCCCUUUCCAAAGAAAAUAAAGUAUAUGAAGAA